CUGGAUUCUGAGAAGUGGUGAUGCGCCAAGUUUCGAGGAAACUUUAACAAGAUUUUGAUAGAAUGGCUACUCUGGCAGAUGGCUGCAUACUGUUCACACGCCACGCAGGUGAUGUCCUGCUCAACUUUAACAGCCUCCGCAGCAGGGACAUCCUCACUGACGUUACGAUCCAGGUGGAAGGCCAGAGUUUCAGUGCUCACAAAGCAAUCCUUGUGGCUUGCAGGUGGGAGAAUUCAAGCCUCAACAGCAGUAACACCUGCAUAUCACCACAACGGUGGCUUCUUUUACUCCAUGUUCAUGGACCCUGAGAAUGUCAACCUCAGUGCCAUCAGCUUGGACCCCAAAAUAGACCAUAAGGGUUUCUCUGUCCUGCUGGACUUCAUGUACACCUCCCGCUUGAAUCUGAAGGAUAGUCUCGUGCUGGCCACCAUGAACACAGCCCUCUACCUCCAGAUGGAUCAUGUGGUCGACACCUGCCACAGGUUCAUUAAGUCCAGACAUCAGUCUCUGAAUGUGAUCGAGGAGGUACAGAACAACUCAAAGCAUAUGUCUGAGGACAUCCCUGCUAUGAAGCCUGCUGAUGAAAUGGACACAACCUUUAGGUCUAACCAGACAGCAACCUCAUCUCUUUUUCAGGAGUGCAGGGGUUAUAUCCCCAGUGUUUUCAGUGGUAUCAACACCUCAGGCUCCUACCACGUCUAUGGAAUCCCACAUAACCCUGUUGCAAACCUGGUGGAUGAUUGUAAUGCCAGCGCCUUUUCCAAAGGCGGUGUGACAUCUCAGAACCUCUGCUCUCGGGUACCCAGCAAUAACCUGGCCUGCACCGAGUCGAAAACCAUCCUCGACCACCCCAUGCCAUCCUACACAAACUCUCAGGCAUCUAUCAUUCCACCCCUGUCAUACUCUAACCACCAUACAGGGACCCCCAUGGAAGAAGAGGCUGUUCAACACCCACAAACCACCUGCCUGUCUAUGACCCCAGGCUUUGGUAAGGGUGUCAUUUGCAGCCCCAAGAGCCCGCUCAGGUCUGACUGCCAGCCCAACUCCCCCACUGAGUCCAGCAGCAGCAGAAAUGCUGCUCUGAGCCUCAAACAGACCCCUGGAUGCCUUGAGAAAUCCAAAUCAUGCAACUGGAAAAAGUACAAGUACAUUGUAAUGAACCAGGCUCCUGAUGAGGGAGAUAAAGAGGCUCAGGGAGGUAGCACUGAAGCUGGAUCUUGGUCCUCUACAUCAAGCCCAUGCAAAACCAGCGGAAGAGGCGGACAGUUGGAUGAGGGCAACAGUGAGCACAAAGAAACCCCCACACUUCAGAUUUCUCAUGGCAGCAGCAGCAGCAUCAGCCACCUCAGAUGCUCCUCCUGUGGUUGUGAAAGCCCUCAGCACCUUGACAUGGGUUCCCAUUCUCCUGGCAUAUACAGUGAAGAAGAGCCUACCAAGAUACACUCAGAGCACUCCAACUGUGAAAAUGGCGCCCACUUCUGCAACGAAUGUGACUCCAAAUCAUCAACUACAGAUUCCCUGGAAGGUCAUAUGCUCCAGGUCCAUAGUGACAAGCCAUACAAAUGUGACCGCUGCCAGGCUGCUUUCCGUUACAAAGGCAACCUAGCCAGUCACAAGACUGUUCACACUGGAGCGAAGCCAUACCACUGCAACAUUUGUGGUGCUCAGUUCAAUAGACCAGCAAACCUCAAGACCCAUACCCGAAUUCACUCAGGGGAAAAACCAUACAAGUGUGAGACGUGCGGUUCCCGAUUUGUUCAGGUGGCCCAUCUUCGUGCCCAUGUGCUGAUUCACACAGGAGAGAAGCCAUACCCCUGUAAGAUCUGUGGAACUCACUUUCGCCAUCUUCAGACACUGAAGAGCCACAUGCGCAUUCAUACGGGAGAAAAGCCAUAUCAUUGUGAAAAAUGUGACCUUCACUUCAGACACAAGAGUCAGCUGAGGCUUCAUCUGAGACAGAAGCAUGGUGCAGUCACCAACACCAAGGCUCAGUAUUGCAGAACUCCUACCAACCUGGUAGUUGACCAGGCUAAGGCCUGCUGAGACAGGUGAUGAUGGUGCUGUACUGCCUUUUUAAUGUUUUCCUUCAUCUACAAUGUUGGGAGAUGUAUUUUCUCUAAUUCUGAAUGCAGAAACAUAGAUCAAAUAUAUUAAUAUUUGUUGUUUAUGCAUUUUUGAAUAAUGCACAGUACUUAGUAUAAGCUGUAUGGUCAAAUUUUAUGAGACAUUGCUUUUCUCUGUGAAUGUCUAUUGAUGGAAUGUACAUUCAAAAUGUGAAUUUGAGCAGAUUUCUCUAUUUCCUAAGUAUUUAUUUUACAGAAUGUUAUCAUUGAAGGACAGUCUCUCGUUCAAAUUGAGAAGUAUUGUUAUACUGUUACGACCUUGGGUACAGAUUUACCCAUUAAUGCUGUAACAUUAAAUGUUGUGAGUGGGGAAAAAAAUUAUAUAUAAUUGCCAUCUGCUGGCAGAGUACGAUAAUAUUUUCACAACUUUAAAAUUUCUCUCUUCGUGUGGUGGGUUUUCAUUAAGAGAGGGUUUUUUUGGUGUAAUUUGUGGUACGUAUUGCUGUGUAUAUUAAUGCACUUGUACACAUGCUGUCUAUGCACAGUGCCUUGCAAAGAGAUUUUUCAAGUGGUUGCCUUGCCAGACUUACAAGUUUGACAGCUUUUAACUAUUAAUAGUUAAGAACAGCUCUUAUAAUAUAUAAUGUUUUUCUCAUUUUGUUAAAUAUGGUUUUCUGUUUUAUCGUGCUUAAUGCUUGUCAGGCAUUGUGUUUUGUAAAUUUAUUGUCUUUUGUAUAAGUGUAAAGCUGUAAAUGCACCAGGCCUCAAGCUGAAACAUCCUCAGGAAUGUUAGCAAUAUGUAUGAGUUUGUAAAAUAAAUGUCAUUGAGAAG